GAAGGAAGGUCGUAUGUAGCUAUGAAUUCGAAUCAGAGGUUUCGUCUUAAAACAGUUACGUUGGGGAUAUAUUAUUCUUAGUCGCUGCUACCAGAUAAAUGCAAUGCUUUACAAACUAAUGGAUCUUACAGUUGUUGCAAAUAACUGCUACGUUAGACGGAACCGAUCUUUGCAAACAAUAUUACGUGUCGCCAUUGUUACCAUCUUUGUUUUUAUGACUACAUGUCUCUAUUUAGUUGCAGCAGAUUAUGCCGGCAUAUGUGCAUUGGAAAGUCUUCAUAUUAUGAUUACACCAUAUUGAUGUUACUGAUAUUCAGUAAACCUGAUCAUAUAGUACAGUUUAAAAAAAAUGGUUAAAGGUCUAUCAUCUUGAAGUUAGUUCCAAAAGCACAUUGAUGCAUCUGUCCAUAAAUUUGGGCGUCUGCUAUUGUUUAUUUGAAAAACAGAACAGUACUAAUAUUUAGAACAUUUAGUUGGCUUGAGUCUGUUAAAGGCGAUCAUCGCCUUCUUUUCCUGCGGCGCCGUUUUUGUCUAAUGUUGUGUAUUAUAAAUACCGAUUUGUUCAACGGAUUACCGUAAAACGAUUUGUGAAUUAUUAUUUGCGUAUAAAAUUCUUGAAAUACCUUUGAUCUCACUUAUAAGGUGAUUACUGUACUGAAUAAUUUUACUAGUUUUAUAUCAUGCACCAUUAUUGAGUUUUCCCGAACAAGGUAGUUUGUAUUCUACUUUCGUUCGUCGGGUAGCACCUCGAAAAAAAUGGGUAAAGCGGAGGCUGGAACACCAAAGGCGAUCGCCAACGCAAUCAAGUCGAAAGGGCUUCAGAAGCUACGAUGGUACUGCCAAAUGUGUCAGAAACAGUGUCGAGAUGAGAACGGGUUCAAGUGUCACACGAUGUCUGAGUCCCAUCAAAGGCAGCUGCUGUUAUUCGCGGAAAAUCCAGAGCAGUAUCUCGACUCAUUCUCUGAAGAAUUUAAGGAGGGAUACCUGGAUAUACUUCGCCGCCAAUAUGGAGGAAAACGUGUACAUGCUAACCAAGUAUAUCAGGAGUAUAUUCGCUUCAAGGAGCAUAUACACAUGAAUUCGACAAGAUGGCUAACAUUGACAGAGUUCAUAAAAUGGCUUGGAAGGGAAGGAAUCUGCACAGUUGAUGAGACUGAGAAGGGUUGGUUUGUUGCGUACAUUGAUCGAACAUCGGAAGCGAUUUUGGCUGAGGAACGACGUUCGAAAAAGGCCAAACUCGAAAAGGACGAUGAAAAAAGAGCUCAGAAAUUCCUUCAACAACAGCUGGAGAGACUGAAAGAGAAAGAGGUAGACUGUGGUCUUUCUAAAGAGGUUUCCGCCGACAGCAAGGUGUUGAAGCGGGAAAAGGAAGACGAGAAAGUUACUUUAUCAUUUUCUGCAACCGCAUCAGCGAAAGAAAGCAAUUUAACCAAGCAUUUACCGAAAUUCAACCCCCUAGUGAAGCUUUCGUCAAAGUCCUUGAAACCCAAUUUAACGGACAAACCAUCUUCGUCAUCAUCCUCCUCAAAACGAUCAGCUCUUGACGAAAUCAUGAUGGAAGAAGCGCGCAAGAGGUCUGCAAAGAAAGAUUAUUGGCUCACAACUGGUAUCAUUGUCAAAGUGCUGACAAAAAGCAUCGGUGAGAAGUAUUAUAAACAAAAAGGCGUUGUCACGGAGGUGGUAGACCGGUAUGGGGCGGUUGUUAAAUUGCUAGACAGCGGAGUAUCUCUGAAGUUGGACCAGGUACAUUGUGAGACUGUAAUACCGGCCAUUGGCAGAAAAGUCAAAAUUGUGAAUGGGGCUUAUAGAGGACAAGAAGCCACCUUGCAGAGCAUUAAUGUGGAUAAAUUUUGCGCAACGUUGAAAUUAAAAACUGGAGUCAUUGCUGAAGACGUGGACUACGAGAACUUCUCGAAACUUCACUCAUCGUAGCCUAAAAUGUAGUUUAUGCAUGUAAAAAAACUUGAAGUGAUCUGUAAAUAUACUGUACUUGUAAAGUUUUUUUGGAAUUUUCACUGAAGUUUAUGCUCCAUUGUAUACACCGAGUCGCUUACAGUGUUAUCUUUUAACUUUUUACAUAAUGUUCUUUAUUCUAGAUCUGUGCAAUAGCAACAUUCUGAUGAGGUUUGAGAGUUAUUCUUUACAGCAACGGGUUCUUUGUUAGGCGCUUGUUGGCUAUCAGUCUCACUAUGUGGAUCUAAAAGGUUUAAAAUUGGUGCGAACUAAUUUUAAACUUGUCAUAUUUAACAAGGGUGUUUGCUUUGAACCUGUCGCAACGACUCUAAGUUUUUUUUAACCCUGCUUGAAAUUAGGGCUAAUAUAUGUCACAAUCUAGAAGACAUACGUAUUUAAAACCUUGAUGUAUUAGUUCAGAUCCAUGAUCUCAGAGCUUCCCAGCAUUCAAAUUGCUUUAUAGUUCGCAAGCGUGACUCUUUCAAUAGCAUACUUUAAGUACCUGAGCUUCGGAGUUACUGGAAUUCUCAAGCCAAAAACAGUAUUGCGGAGCAAGUUCCUCAAGCUUGUAGUUGUUUUUUUUAUUUCGAUACCCAGUAUAGAGAGUAACAUAAUUCACUGUAGAGCAAUUAAGGUUUACAUUUUAGUACCCGAGAUAGCAAUUGGCUAAGGCGUUUUGGAGUCUUAAAACGUCUUUGCUAUAGUCAACCCGUGAUUAAACUUCAACGUAAUCUACAUAGAUUUUAAACGAUACACCUUAAAGAGAAACACUUAGCUGAAAAAUUCUGUGUAGAAAAACACGGGAAAGAUUUAGAAAAGGCAGCUGGACACGAGCUAACAUCUAUCUGGUUGCGAAACACUCUUUUGAUCAAAGAAUAUCCUGUCUUGCAGAAAAAAAACUUCAGCUUACUUUGUUAUCUUCACUCUGGGGCCGUUUUGUGAUAGCAUGUAUUUGAGCUUACGGUGCGUGACAGAAACAACUUAGAUAGUAAUCAGAGCAUUUAUUUUUGUGAAUGUUAUGUGCUUCGCCAUAUGGGGCUUCCAAAAAUAAAAAAAAUUACGUGUUGGGCAUCCAAAAGAUAGAAAUUGGAAGAAAACCUGGGCCUAUAGGCGAACCACUUGUGUGUAGUCGUCGACUUAGAAUUGGUGUUUUCGUAUGUUAUCGUGUAUAUAACCGAGUAAAGAAGCAAUAAAAACGGGCAGUGGUAAGGGCCCAUUAGUUCUUGCUAUAAUUGUUUCUUGUGGAUUUUCUAGAAUUUCUUUCGCGUAACAUUCCAUUUUCUUGACCACUAUAGCAGUUCGGGGAUGGCCGUGUGUAAUAUCUUAGGGCCGAACUGCAGUUUUAUGUAAGUAUGUUAGGCAAUGUACCCACGUGCAGUGGCGUAGUUUUAGACAAAAUUGCGCGACCAAGAUAGUCGCCUUUUCUUUACCUUCAUUUGCUUAUUUGGUCUUUUGAUAAGCGUAUUUUGUUUAGUUCAAUCUGGUGUUUUACGUGAUGACAAAAGCGUCUCGGCAAAAAAUAAAGUUGAAAGGCAUCCUCUAUUUAGAAACCUGACUUGCAAAAUAUAUUUGUAAUAAAUAUAGGUGGAUGAUUCAGCAUACUUUGAGGCGUGCUUUCUGUGUUUUCUGUCGCCAAGAAGAUGACAUAGAUGGUCAUACGUCAUCGUCAAACAAUGUCAUAGUGAUCUGUGCAAUGCAUAAUUCGAUCCUAUACAUUAAGCCGUUACAGGCAAAUGCGGCUGGCUUUUGAAUAAGUUGAAAUUGAAUAGGUUUUGAACUACGCGCCGUGGCCCAACGGAAUUUGUCUGGUAAAUACUCCAGCUCCCUUUAGAAACUUGUGAGUGAAAACCUUUUGAGUUUAUUCGAAGGAAAAUAGACCUAGCAGGAAAGCAUCUUUUCGUCUCGGAAAUCAAUGCUCAGUGGUUAAGUUUUUAUUUUUGCCACAGUGCAGGAAAUUCAUCGAAAAUUGGUAAGAAAAAAGGCUAUGAACAACAGCAGAGUACUCAAAUGGUGAAAUUUUUCAAGAACAAAGGUUAAAAUGUUGAAGUCUAGCACGGAGGCAACUAAACGUUGGAAGCCAAAAGACAGGAACGCAUUGUCGUAAACGAGGAGGUUCCAUUACGACAGCAAAACUUCGGAGUCUAACAGUUCUGUCAGUCUAAACUAGAAUUUCAUAUGUAGCGUACUACAGAAUUAUAAUUCAAAUCCUAAACAUGGGGAGACUGAAUAAAAAUGGGUUCCCUGUAAAUUGAUUCCAGGCCAGUUGAAAAUGGGUGCGGUGUAUUUUACGCGCCAUUUGCAGAACUCUAAUCAACAAAGUACCCACUUGAAGCAUAUGACAGCCAUAGAUGAUAAUGAUUUAAUUUCUACUGCGAGCUAGAAUGGAUCAGGCAAAAAAAUAUACGUCGCUCUGGAGAGAAAUCGAGUUCGGGCAGUGUUGAGUCGGUUCGUGUGCAAGGUAAUAGUGGUACUUUCAAUAGACAUCUGUGGCAUCUGGCGCUACGAUAUCUUGCCGAGAAUGAAACAAUGAAUGCAGCCCGCUAUCCCGAGUUCCUCAAAGACCAUUGUCAAGACAAUCGAAAGCGUACAGCCUGGUUACUAGAUGAUAAUGCUGGACUUUAUCGCCACGCCCCAAUAAUUUUAGAAUUGAACAAAAAAAUAUCAAAUUUUAGUUUCGACUUGGUCAUUCUCCUGAUUCAAGUUCGUACAAUCACCAGGUUUUUGAAAUUACCGUAAAAAAGUUACCAUGUAGGUAAACUGGUAAGCAAACAUAUUCCAUUACUGGUUUAUGUAAACGAUAAUAAUAGAUGUAUAGAUGUCCAGAAACUUUCCGAGCGCAUACGGAACGAGUGUAUAAAAAAGUGUUUCUAACUCAUACUAAAAAACUCGUCAUCUUAGCCCAGCUAAUUGAAGAUUAACUUCAAAGACCGUCGGAUCCGUUUGUUUAUCCGUUUCUAUGCAAGUAAAGGGACGAGCAUGCAAUAGGAUGUGAAAUCUAAAAACAGAUUAUGCGUAGACACGGAAUUGUCGAAAUAAUCCGUUUUAGAAUAUUCUGAGGUAAGUUUUUGAGUAUAAUCGAUUGGCAUUGUCUAUGCUUUUAUAAAGAAAAAAAUAAUUUGUAUUUUGAUCAGACGGUUGCUUUGAAAAUAAUAGUGAGUAAUAUUUUAGUGAGUAUUGGAAUUACGAGGACUGUAAGAUAUAUAGGUAGUAUUGAAUGAAUUCAUUUUUAAGGCAUAUUCAAGUUGUUUCUGUUAGCUUACUGUUCAAUUCAACAAUCUCAUAACAAUCAGAGGAAUUCUCAAAAUAGUAGUCAAUCUCACAUGGCUGGAAGGACAAUACAUGUAUGAAUGUGCGACUCUGUUGGCCACCCACUCGAUAACAAAAAUCAGUUUUGUUGAAAUUCUACUAUAUGUAUACGAUUAUGCCUAUAUGAUGUAAGCGAUACAAAACCGCUACCAAACUGAAAACUUACUAAACUGAAACUUAAACGGCCAACUAAAACAAUUUAUUUUUAUUCGAGAGAACUACAAAGACAUUCUAUAAAAGAGAACUUUGUUGACCCGUAGUUGAUUUAAUAAAUAUAUUUUUCUAGAAGUAACAGUGCUGUUGAUGCUAUCCGGGUGUUUGGAUGGUAUGCUUGACGUAACCGCUAAAUCACAGUGCUUUAUAUUGUGAUUCUGUUUAAGUUUUGGACUACGACAACGACCAAGGUACGUUGGCACUCUUCACAGUAUAAAUCG